ACCCGUGGCUGACGUUGUCUUUCUGGUGGAAGCGACCGCUAAUCUCAGCCCUUAUGUCGAAAGCCUUAAAACUAAUUAUAUUAUUCCCACUCUUGAAUACUUCAGUGGCGGUCCUCCCGAUGAGCGCGACUAUGGCUUCGAUAACAACUAUAACUGCACGUUAUAUGCUUUGGUGGCUUUCAUGACCGUCGACUGCGCUCCAGAGCCGGCCUCCCAGUGCUUCGCUCCGACCACUAGUUCGCACCGAUUGUUGCAAUGGUUGGACAA